CCCUCAGGACAUUGUCCCUCCUUCUCCCCACCCAGGACGCCAUCCCUCCUCCCCCGCUCCCUGGGACACCUAUCCAUCCUCUUCCGCUGCCCCCUCCUCCUCCUCCUCUUCCCCUCACCCCACUGUCCCCUUCUUCUCGCUAGAACAUUGACCCUGACCCCUUCUGCUUUCUGGACGCUCCCUCCUCCCUGGUCACUGCUUUCUUCUCCUCCCUGAGACACCCCCUCUUCUGUCUUGUGUGGCCAUGGUGCCCUGGGCUUAGGAACUCUGGCAGAGUCCAUGGGGAGGGACCCAUGGUCAGUGGGGGAUACCAGGAGGGUGCUCCGAUGAGAUGAGCAGCUCCCUACACCUUCCAAGAGGGUACUGAGUUAGUGUCAGUGACAAACAUUACUGCUUGAGAGUGGCUCCUGGAGGGGCGCGUGUACAGUGCUGGGCCCGGGCCCUCCUUCUACCAAAUAAAGCAGCCCCCCAGCCAGCCUGGCCCCCGUGCUGCCCCCAGUUUCAGUUCCUGCUGAGUGACCGACUUCCUGGGCCGUCGGGCGCGAGCCUCGCCCUUCGUUUCCCUUCCUGCAAACCUGCUGUGUGCUCAGCCCUGGAGUUCUGGGUGCAAGUGAUGCUGGCCCAUAGCCACUCGCUCUGCCGUCUGCAGAGGCUUUCUGUGGGUUGUGAUCUACAGAGGCUUCCUGUGGGUUGUGAAUGAGCCGUGUGCUGAAGGGAGAAAGGACCACAGGCACCUUUGGGAAAAGCUCAUUUAAAUUUUAUCUAGGCAGUUGAAUUCUUGGGUUGCUGAGGUACCUCCCACAUGUGGAAUUGGAGAACUCUAGAGUUACUCUUGUGUUGUGCUUUUCCUGAUUUACCACCCAAAAUGCUGUGCCCAGAAUACCAUCUGCAUUGUUGUAUUUCCGCAGCCAGGUCACAUCAGAGGCUAGGGCUGGAGGGGCAAGCCUUGCAGCUCCCCGGAAUGCCCAGGACACAGUGAGCUCAGGAAACGUGUAACAGACCGCGAAGGCUAGGUGGUCCUUCCGUGUCUCUGCCACACGUGUUUCUAGAUAUGGAUCAGAAACUGUCCAACCUGGUCGAAGAGCUCACGACUUCGGGAGAACCCCAGCUGAGUCCUGAGAAAAUGAAGGAACUGAAGAAAAUUUGCAAGUCUUCGGAGGAGCAACUUGGCCGUGCCUACCACCUGCUCAUGGCCCAGCUGAGCCAGGACCAUGCCGAGAUCCGCCUCUCUGCAUUCCAGGCCAUAGAUGAGCUCUUCACCCGGUCCCACCAGUUCAGGAUGCUGGUUGUUUCCAACUUCCAGGAGUUUCUGGAGCUCACACUGGGCACUGACCAUGAGCAGCCCCUGCCGCCCCCCAGGGAGGUGGCCCAGAGGCUGCGGCAGGCUGCCACCCGGGCCAUCCAAGGGUGGAAUGAGAAGUACGGCGCGGCCUACAAGAAGCUGGCUCUGGGCUACCACUUUCUAAGACACAGCAAACAGGUGGAUUUUCAGGACCUGAGUGCGCGGACUGUGGCAGAGAGAAAGCGGGAGGAGGAGAAGCAGAAGCGCUUGGAUAGAAUCUACCGGGAGAAGUCUGAGCGGGCCAUCAGGGAGAUGGAGGAAAUGGCCGAGGAGAUCCGGCGCUGCCUCACAGAGGUGGAGAGCUGCUUUCGGCUGCUGGUGCCACUGGACUUUGCCACAGGCCUGGGCACCUCAUUGCCCACAGUGGGCUUCAAUGUGUCUAUGGAGAGUGCCUCUAGCUGGGCCAGUGCCGGGAAUCACGGAGACGAGGAGCAGCCCUGCUGUAGCAAGACCCUGCUUGCCUCUGCCGGCUGUCCAGGAGCCAGCAGUGGGGUGGGGCCCCCUCAGACCACCGCAGGGGCCAAGGACGAAGAGGAGGAGGAGGAGGACGAGGAGGAGGAGGACAGUGACAGAGACAGUGACCAGGAAGAAUUCGUGCGGUGCCAUGGGCUGGGUUCCCACAAGUACAUGCUGGAUGUGGAGCUCUCCUCAGACAGCCUGAGGGUGCAUGAGGAUGAGGACAACCAUGCCGUCAUCCAGUCAGCCCGGGAUGCGCUCAAGGUUAUCCAGAACAAGUUCCUGCCAGCUGUGCGCUCCUGGGUCCAGCUGUUCACCCGCGCGGGGAUCCAUGGCAGACACUUAGAAGCUGCCAUUGACCUGAAGGCAGAAUUGGAAACCACCCUGCAGCGGUCGGAAGAGCUGGACAUUAAGCCUGAGGAGGGGCGCCAGAGGGAGGUGGCAGCCCCAGGGGACGAGGAUGAGGAUGAUGGGGACUUUGUCGAGGUCCCAGAGAAGGAAGGGUAUGAGGCCUGCAUCCCUGACCACCUGCAGCCUGAGUACGGGCUGGAGAAGGAUCCUACUGCCCGGGGCUUGCAGGCCAGGAGGACAACAAGGCGGGACGAGGAAGCGCAUGACCCCACCUCUGCUGCUGCCCAGCGUCACCACCUACGUGGACACUCGCUCCCUGCCCCGAGCCCCAGGGCGCCUGUGGGACCCGAGGAGGCUGGGAAGCUGGCAGCAGAGCGGGCCCGGGCACCUGUUGUACCCUUUGGGGUGGACCUGUGCUACUGGGGCCAGGAGCAGCCGGGGAAGAUCCUCAAGUGUGACUCUGAGCACCGCUUCUGGAAGCCUAGCGAGGUGGACGCAGAAGUGGACAGUGCCGCUGUCUCGGAGAUGCUGCAGAGCCGCUCCAUUACCUUCGCAGGGAGGUUCGAGCCCGUCCAGCACCAGUGCCGUGCCCCGAGGCCCAACGGCCGGCUCUGUGAGCGCCAGGACCGGCUGAAGUGUCCAUUCCACGGGAAGAUCAUCCCCAGAGAUGACAUGGGCCGGCCCCUCCAGCCAGAGGACAGGGCCUGGGAGCAGAGGCGGCUGCAGAAGGGGGCGGGGCGUGCAGAUUGGCAGGACCCCGAGUUUAUGAGAGAUGUGGAGGCUGCCACUGGAGUGGACCUUGGCUCGUCUGAGUCCAACAGGAGCGCCAAGGGCAAGAGGAGGAAGCAUCCUGGCCUCACCGACCUGAAACGGCGGGCCGACACCGCCCGUGCACGUAUUGCCAAGAAGGUGUUUGCCAAGGCUGCUGUGCAAAGGGUGGUCACAGUCAUGAAUCAGAUGGACCGGAAGAAGCACGAGAAGUUUGCAAACCAGUUUAACUAUGCGCUGAAUUAGAGGGCCAGACGUGGGCCUCAAGCUCAACCAGUGGUGAGAGCUAAGUACUCUUCAAGUCUUCUGAGAUUUUUCACCAGCGUCCUUGGUCAAUCGGUGUCGCCAUUGCAGGCCACUGCAUUGUUCAACAGUAGCCCUGAUUGUUCUCUACAGACCCACACUGAGCCAGUUGAGUCAGGCCAGGAAAAAGACGAGCCUGGUGAGUGGGUUUUUUCCAGGUAGCAGCCAGACAAGUUCAGGAGUGACAGGUGGAGUUGAGAGGAGUGAGGGUGGGGUCUUGGGGUGCCCCAGACCCUGUCUUCCCCUCCCGGGGGCUGCUACGGCUCUGAGGCUGCUGGGUAUGGAGGCCACUGCAGAGCUGGAGAGAGGGUGUGGGCAUAAUCAACUGAAAAUGCCACAGGGUUUGCCUUCCCACCAAGAUUGAGCCAUUUUUCUAGGAUGAACCCUGCUUGGAUUGUUAUGGGUCUUUGGUUAAUUUCCAGAGUUUUGAAAAAGUUCUUUUUUCAGUUUUUCCCCGGGUUCUGUGGCAUUUCGAGCUGUCCAGAGUGCUGGGCAGGAAGACCCUUCCCCUGCCCUAUAUACUGUACUUCGCUGUCCUGCCACAGGUGUGCUUGGACACGCCCGUCUUCACACACAGCCGCACGUAUCUGUGGGCUGAGGCCCUGGGACUUCAGCUUGCUUUCCCAGAAACGACCUUGCAAGAACACUGACUUUGGAACCCUCCCUCCCUCGGCUUGGUGGCAAGCAUCCUGAUCUUUACCAAGCCCCAUGGAACACUGGCAUCUCAGGGCUAUUAUUCACUUGUCUUUUACGAGGCAGGUGUUGAGCAUUUUUUCAUAUGGUAAAGCGUUCUUCCUGGCUCCUUUUCUGUGAAUUGUAUGUCCAUAUCCUUUGGUCAUUUUCCUGUUGGUUUAUUAGCUUAUAUAAGUUGUAGGAGCUCUUUGUUCAUUAAGAAAAUCAGCUCUGGAGGCACCUGGGUGGCUCAGUGGGUUAAGUCUCUGCCUUCAGCUCAGGUCAUGAUCCCAGGUUCCUGGGAUUGAGCCCCUCAUCAGGCUCUCUGCUUGGCAGGGAGCCUGCUUCCCUCUCCCCCUCUGCCUGCCUCUCUGCCUACUUGUGAUAUCUCUCUCUGUGUGUCAAAUAAAUAAAUGAAAUCUUUAAAAAAAAUGAGCUCUGACAAGUUGCAAAUAUUUCCCAUCUGCUGACUUUGCUAAUAUUUUGCCACGUGGAAGUUCGUGUAUCUGUGUCCCUUCCCCCCUCAAAGAUUCUAUUAAAAACUUUCUGGGAGCACCUGGGUGGCUCAGUGGGUUAAGCCUCUGCCUUCAGCUCAGGUCAUGAUCUUAGGGUCCUGGUAUCAAGCCCUGCAUCUGCUCAGCAGGAGGUCUGCUUCCCCCUC